UUAUAAACUCGUGACAACAUAAAGUGAGAUAAAAUGGUGGUGGUGAUGACGCCAAGGACUCCGGUGGUGGUGAUUUUGGUGUUGAUGGUUGUGAUAGGUGGUUUACAAGCGGCGGAAAUAUGCAAUAUGACUGAGGAUGGUUUGAUGGCAUGCAAACCGUCAGUGACGACCGAGAAACCAGUGUACCCAAGCCCUGAGUGUUGUAAGGCAGUAUCGGGAGCGGACAUGAAGUGUUUGUGUUCGUAUAAGGAGUCUCUGAUAUUGCCUUCUCUAGGCAUUGAUCCCGGACUUGCAUUGGGUUUACCAGUUAAGUGCAACCUCCCUGCUCCACCAUGUUAGUUGGCGGAUCAUCAUGGCAUUUGUGAUCUUUUCGUUUCCAUGAUAGAUGGUGGAAUAAUGAUGUAAUAGUAUUUCCUUUAUGUACGAAACUCUUUUAUUAUAGUGUAAUUGUUAUUAUAUUA